ACAACACAAAACGCUGUCAGCUACGCUUGGAUCUUUUGUGUUCCUUCUAAAUAACCCGAACCACGCCAACCUUGGGCCCUGAAAUACUGUGUGGAGGGAAAGAUGUAAACCUGGGUGUUAAUUCCAGUGUGUCAUUAAGCGAUAAACACUUAAAGCUGGACUAGCAGAGGCAGAGAAUGAGUGAGUGUGCCUCGUGAGUGUUUGCGUGUGGUGUGUAGUUGUGGUGUUAAUACCUGUGUGUUUCUAGUAGGCAACACUGGGUCAGACGGAGACAGUGAAUGAGUGUUUGAGUGUUGCAUGAAUGUGUUACAAGUGUCGUGUGGUGUAUGUGUGUGUUGUGUUGUGUUGUACUGGUGUGCGUGCCUCCUGUAGCACCUAGCCAUGGCAGCCACGCAGACUGAUAAAAAUGGGACUUAUCAGAUACGACCAGACCUCAAAGAUAAGUUCCGGCCAAGUCAGGUGAAGGAAGUGAUCCACAGCAUACUGGAGGAAAAGCUGACAGGUUUUGUGUAUGAGAAGGAGGCUGCAGAUGAGAUGGCCAUGGGCAUUGCCAAAGUCCUGAGGGAUCGGAUGAGAGAGAUGAACUUCCCACGCUACAAGUACGUGGUGAGUGUGGUCAUUGGGGAGCUGCGUGGUGAGGGUGUCAAGGUCGGUGCCAGGUGCCUCUGGGACGCCGACACCGACAACUAUUCGUCAUCCAUGUUCUUGGCGGAGACCUUCUUCUGCACCGCCACUGUCUUUGCCACCUACUACUACUGAGAUGACAGUGGUGCUGACCACUGGCAAGUGAAGACGUCCUCAUCCCUGCAAGCCAAUCAUUUACACCCUCUCAGGUAUAGGUACUUGAUGAUGGACAAGUAGGAUUAGUAAUGCCUUAUUUUCCAAAGCAACAUUGUAUUUAGUAGAAUAUGUUCCUUUGUUCUGACACAUAGUUACUGGAUUAUGUGGUCUUAUGAAAAGACUUGACUUGGUUUUUUAAAUUUAUUUUAUGUCCCUGGUGUUAAAAUAAUCUCAUUUGUAAUACAUCACAUGAAUUUGUUAAGAUGGUGUGAAUUGUAGUGGCUUUGUUGUUUCCCAGAGGCAAAAAUGUGUGGAGUUUGUCAGUACAUAUGUAUGUAUGCAAAGCCUUGUCUUGGCCACUUCACUGAACGAGGGAGGGCAUCGUGGGUGUAUACAUUGUGGGGUGUGAGGCUGCCAUCUCUGUUCUGUUAAUAAUCUGAUGGACACUUCCAGAAUGCAAGUCCUGCCACAGGCAACUUGCAGUCCUGUCACACAAGUCACAAAGGAAGAGAUUUGUCAAGUUUUGUUUUGUGCUGAUCAUGUGCCUUAUGCUCCCAUGACUCCCUGUUGCCUGUUGUGUUGUCUCCCUUUGUUUGACACAUGCACCUCAUUUCCCCAUGCUCUUCCUUUGUCCUGUGUUCUUGACAUACACACUCUCUAGUGUGUAACAGCCUUCAUGUUUUUUUUCUUUUCUUUCUUUUUUCACUUUGUUCUCAGUCACCAAGAUUUUCAUACCUUAUUGUUAUUUUGUUGCUAUGAAUUGUGACCAUUGUACAAAAUAGUUAUAAUACAUAUCAGUUAAUUAUC